UGAGCCCAUUGCUUUCCACUGGAAUCCAGAGGUCUAGAAGGACUGAGACUUGGCUUUCGAUGGAUUCGCCAACGAAGCUUUACCCGUCCUGUGGCCCAGAACCUUCUCAGAUGGCCAGUGAAGAAAAUUCCCAGGGAGGCUCAGCUGCCUCUCAAACCAUCUCUGAAGUAUUAAUAAAGAACCUUAGUCAAUUGACUCUCGACCCUAGUAUCAAACUUCCUUCCCCUCUACCAGAAUAUCCACCCCAACAGCAGGACACAGAGACGAAACCACAGGGACUUGUGGACCGAAUACUCAGCAACAGGAGGAGGGGUGGAGUAAGGACUUUGUUAACUGCUCGGAAAGAAAGGAUGGAAAGGCUGAUGUGGUUUAUUAAAAAUCAUCGCUACUUCAACCAGCGUUCCACGGAUGAAUCCAGAGUAGAAAGAUUUAGAUGUAGAUGUCAUUAUUGCCUGUAUCAUAGACCUCCCGAGGAUACCAGCAUGGAGAAUAAUUAUGACAUGGAGUCUAUGUAAACAUAAACCUUAUUAUAUGGUGUUUUCCUUGCUAGUAAUUUUAGAAUCAUUAUGCAGCACCUUGGGAAGGCUGCUCUAUUAUAGACAAAGUAUAAUAUUUUGAUAAUCUAUAUUAGCUCUGUCUUUUCUACCUUGAUAACAAUAAUUUGUGAGGAAUCCGGUGUUUUGCAUUUGAGUGACCUCAAUAUACUUUAGUUCCACUUUUUGAUAUGACCCAAGGAAGCACUAGUGGGUUUUGAGUGUAGCCUGGGUGUUUGAGAAACCUGAAGUCAUGAAGAUCGGUUAACCUAACGUGGGGCUCCUGGGUGGCUCAGUUGGGUUAAGCAUCCGACUAGAGCUCUGUAGAGUAGGGUUCUGUGCUGGCAGCUGGGAGGCUGGAGCCUGCUUCAGAUUCUGUGUGUGUGUGUGUGUGUGUGUGUGUGUGUGUGUGUGUGUGUAUUUCUCUCUGCCCUUCCCCCACUCGUGCUCUCGAAUAAAAACAUUUAAAAGAAACCCUAACAUCAAAUUGGAAGCCACGUAACUUGUGCAGGGAGGAAUACAUAGAGAAUAUUGGGUGGUUUGGCUGGAGAGCAUAAUUAUAAUUAUGGCAGGGUGCAUAGGCUAGGUUUUCUGGUUUUCAAAAAUUAGAGUUGUAAUAAAAGUUUUUUGUGGUAGUUCAAUUUUCAGUAGCAAAUGUGUAUGCAGAUGAUCUUAUUAAAAUUGAGGCUUAUUUGAAUACGUUUCAAAGAGUCUUGUUUUUUUUAAUGUGUUUUUGCCCGCUGUGUGUUCAGUGAACGAUGACAUUCCUAGAAUGUCCACACUUGGCAUUCUAAUAAUGUGUGAUACUGUCUUGGGAAGGAACUUCACACAUUUGGGUGAGGUUAGGAAGCAAGGACACAUCCUUGUACAUCCAACUUCUGGAAGAGAUCUCAAAGAAAUGGGAGGGAGCUGGAAGGGAAGUGUGGAGCAUGUGUCCCAAAUGCUUUGUUCACUGAAAUGAAUUAGGUACCUAAGCGAAGCUACUAGAGACCUGGGGUGAAGAAAUCUAUGCCAUGCUGAUAAGUACACAGGUAAGGAACAAUAAUCUGGUCUUCAGUAUGGAGUGGAGGCAGAAACAAUGCAUAAACUUGGGAGGAUUGGUUGUAACAUGGCAAGUUCAACAGUGGUAAGAGAGGGAUAUUAAAUAUUAACAUCUCACUGCCAAAUUAGGUCUUCAGAAAUUACUCUAAGAACUAGUCAAACUAUUAUAGCCUACCAACAUGGAUAAGUGUGGGGCUGUCUUGAAGUUUUACCAAACUUGUAAUAAAAUUAAGCAUGUUUUAGU